AUGAAGCGCGACAAGACAUCACACGAGACAUUCUCUCGCAUGGCUGGUCAGUCACAAGCUGGUUCGUCGCACUUGAAGAACAUCAAAGUCAGCCUUUCACAAGCCCUUCAACACACGCCAAAUGUUCUUGAAACAGGUCUACCAACCAUCGACAGACAACUGCGUGGUGGUCUAGUUCCAGGACUGCUGACAGAAGUCUAUGGUCCGCCUGGAUCUGGAAAGACGGCAUUUGCAAUGUAUAUGGCAGCACACAUACUUGAAGACCAUGCGGAGAAACAAGGUGCGGCAACUGCCAGUGUCGAACCUUCAGACAAGGAUGAGACAUUAAUCAGUUGGCUGGAGUGCUCGCAGAGACUUCCUGCGACUAGACUGCGGGACAUGAUUUCAACGAAUGCGUUUGAUACGGAUGUUGAAAUGGCCAAACUUUCAAGGGUCAAAACCAGGCGAGUUGCCUCCUUGCCCGCCCUCAUGGCCAUGCUACUUCAUGCUCCUGAUGGCGAUCUGCCCAUAUUCUUGACAAAAGACACAAAGUUGCUCGUGAUUGACGACUUGACAACGCUCUUCAACGCUGCCUUCCCACCAGAAGACAGCCGGUCCGCAGCACCCGGCGAGUCACAAUCGGCACGACGAGCACGGGUCACGAAGCUACUCGCACAAACUCUACAAACUUUGGCUGCAAGCUGUCAAAUCAUCAUUUUGGUGCUCUGUAAGCUGACGACACGCGUGGCGGCAGGGUCAGGGGCAACACUUGUGGCUUCCUUGGGAGAUGCGUGGCAAGACGCCUGUUCGACACGAUUAUUGCUGUAUCGCGAUUUCCCACCUGUACGCCUGAGUGCGGAUGAUGCUGCUGCAUUACGUUACUGCGCAGUUCAGAAAGUUGGCGGUGCAAUGUUGGCACGGCCUGAGGGCGUGCCUGUGCGUAUUGUAGGUUCUGGCUUCCAGGAGAUGGAUUUGGACGCAUUGAGUCGAUCAGUUGGUACUCAAAGGUUUAGGGAGAUGCAUCCCCCUCCGGAGACUUCUUCUACUAUCAAUAGGGCGGAAUUGCCGGUUGAAGAGCCGCCAUCGGUCGAUGCAGAAGUCUCUGAAGUGUUGGAACCCGCAACUCUUGAGUCCUCAAAACGCCCAGCGUCAGAGACAAGCCCGCUCAGUCCAAGCAAGGCUAAACGAUUUGUGCUCGAGGAGGUGCGUGAUUCAGAGGAAGAGGACGACCUGGAUGAGGUUGCGCUUGAGGAAGAGGCUGAGCGUGCCAUCUGA